CAGGCGAGUUUUGAAGAUUUUAAAAAAGUUACUUUUAUUUCAGGCGAAGUAUUUCUUCAUCGACAAACUGAAGCUUAUGAAUCUUUAUAAUUGAAAAGUUGUAACUUUUAUGAAUAUCGAAUAUUUUUCGAAUAAGUGUGGUAUUUCAUCAUGAAAUAUGCAAAACGAUUAAAAUAGUGGAGCUUUCAUUUUCUCACAUUAAUGAAAAGUCAUUUUUUGAAGGAUUUUAAAUUAGAAAUUUAAUUUACUCUACGCUCAUCUGUUCAUUAUUAAGGAAAUUAAAAUUUAAAGGUUAAAAAUUGAAUAUGGAAGUAAAACUCGUUCAAUCGAAAGGGAAUGUACAUGAAUGUAAAAUAUGUGGUACAAAAUGCAGUACUAAAAGCAAUUUGAGCAGACAUUUAAGUAUUCAUACACAUGAGAAACCGAAUUUAUGUGAGAUUUGUGGAAAAGCAUUUAAUCAAAAAAGAACUUUGAAAGCGCAUUUGUUCAUUCAUACAGGAGAAAAAUCUUAUGCUUGUGAUGUAUGUGGUAAAUCAUUCACCUUUAAAGGUGAUUUAAAAAUUCAUUUGCGUACUCACACACAUGAAAGGCCUUAUGGCUGUGAUGUCUGUUGUAAAGCGUUUUCGUAUAGAAACACUUUAAAAAGACAUUUGCGUAUUCAUACUAAAGAAAAACCUUAUUCCUGUGAUAUUUGUGAUAAAGUAUUUUCGGAUCGAAGCGCUUUUAAAAUACAUCUAAGAAUUCAUACAAAAGAAAAACCUUAUGCCUGUAAUGAUUGUGGCAUAGGUUUUACGCAAAGGAGUACUUUACAACGACAUUUACGUAUUCAUACAAAGGAAAAACCUUUUACCUGCGAAGUCUGUGGCAAAGAUUUUACGCAGAGAAGCAAUUUACAUGGACAUUUACGUAUUCAUACAAAAGAAAAACCUUAUACCUGCGAUGUCUGUGGCAAAGCUUUUACGCAGAGAAGCAAUUUACAUGGACAUUUACGUAUUCAUACAAAAGAAAAACCUUAUACCUGCGAAGUUUGUGGCAAAGCUUUUACGCAGAGAAGCAAUUUGCAUGGACAUUUACGUAUUCAUACAAAAGAAAAACCCUAUACCUGCGAAGUUUGUGCCAAAUCGUUUUCAUGCAGAAGUUCUUUAAAAAGACAUUUAAGAACUCAUGGAAAUGAAAAUGCCUAA